UUAGUGUAGGCGACAGGUCACGUGACCAUAGAGUAAUGCGCACACAGCGAUCGCUACACAAUUCCCCUCACGCAUGCGCAGUCCUCAUUCCCAGUCCGUGUUGGGUGCAGCAGUAUGUCCCCCAUGAGGCUUCCUGUCACUUCCGGGUGUAGAGACAUGGCGGCGCUCAGUUGUUAGCUGGAGCCCACGAUUGUUAUCUAGAAAGAGAGAGAUCUGUUGCUUUACGGCAGCGGUGUCAUGGCGGCCUACGGGCGCAGUUUUGAAAGUGCGAGGAAUAUAGAGGAGAAGAAGGAGAGCAAGAGGCGAGCCCGGGAGGAGUUGCUGGCCCAGGCCAAAGAAGAAUAUGAAAAGGAAGAGAGAAGGAAAGAGCAGAGACGGUUACGUGGGGAGGACACAUGGAUGCUGAGCGAUGUCACUGAGCGGCUGGAGCAGAUAGAACAGGAGAAUUCAGGAAAGAAGAAGAAAAAAGACAAAAAGUCGAAGAAAGAAAAGAAGAAAAAGAGCAAAAAGAACAAAUCGGAGAAAACUGAAGAUUGGGCAGCCAGUUCAUCCUCAGAUUCUGAGGGCAAAUGGGUUGAGGCAGCUCCUGCUCAGCCAGUUAGUGACAAGAAGGCUUGGAAAAUCCAAAAAGAAUCCCCUACGAAGGAGUCUCCUAUGAAGGAAACCGGGUCAGAGGUUCAGAGGGACUCCUGGAUGACCUUAGACUUUAUGUCUUUAAAAGCCACGUCAACAGCCGCAUUAAGAGCAGAAAGACAGAAGGAAAAAACACUGGAGCGUGAACGAGUCGAAGCCGUAGAAAAGGAGAAGAUGCUGGCCAGGGAACUAAACCCAUUCUGGAAGGAUGGCGGUUCAGGAUUGCCACCAGAGGAGGGGGAUGUAACCUCGGUUAAAAAAGUUCAGGUUGUUGAAGAUGGUGGCCUGGGCUGGCUUAGGAAGUCUCUGCAAAGAAUGAAGGAACAAUCCGAGAGAGAGAAACGGAGUCUGGAGGACAUAGUAGCUGAGAGAUACGGAUCUAUGGAAAUCUUCCAAAAUAAAAUGGAAGCUGCAGAAAAAGCAUCUUCACAGAAGUCUUGGGGUGAACAGAAUGACAGAAGAGAAGGGUGGAGAAAAUCUAAAUAUCAUGACCAAGCCUCCUCGCGAUAUCCAAAACCUGAUGGAUCCAAUGAGUAUGAUAGGAGGAGCGACCACUACAGCGAUGAUCGCCGAUCAGAUAGAUCUUCCUAUAGGCAGAAUAGAGAAUAUAAUUCUGAUAAAACCAACGAAGAGGGAAAAGACUCCAGGAGUUACAGACCAGAAUCAGGUCGUAGACAAUAUCUAGAAAGACGCUUGGAAGAAGCUACCGAUGGAAGAGGCGCUUACUCCAGGCUAAAGGACCAGUUCCUAAAACCGUCUGAAGAUAAAGAGGAAUCCGGUGCCGCUGGACUAAAACUCCAGAGAGAUGACCGUGGUUUAUCUUCUCAGAACUCAACUAAAAGUCGCUUCUUAAAACCUCCAGAUGAUGAGCCUCCUCCAUUAUGGAAGAAGAUGGCAGCAAACCAUUCUAAGGAGGAGAACCGGGAAUCUAGGAGGGGGGACCAAGAUAUCAGUACAAAGAACGAGAAACAGCAGGACACAGAGUCAAGUGUAGAUCACCAGGAGUCCCCUGAAGACGUUCAGCCAUCGUCCUCACGACUUGAAGCAAGAAAACCGUCGGUCAAGAUACUCACUGAGGAAGACAUGAACAAGCUCGGUGCCAAGAUUGUCAAGGCAGAAAUAAUGGGGAACACGGAGCUGGCAGAAAAACUCAAAGCUCAGCUAGAAGAAGCUCGGCAGCAGAAAAUAAAUAAAGCGCAAGACUCGGAGAGAGAAAGGAGAGACGUAUCGGAGAGGUCGGGAGCCGGAGAAGAUCAAGAAAUUCUGCUGCUUAAAACCGAUCAGUCUGGGCGAGCGUGGCCUGUGAACUCCAUGGCAGGUCCUGCAGAGCCAAAGGGAGGAAGGAGAAAAAGACAACUGGUUGAGACGCACGUGGAUAAGGAGAGGGUCCGUUACUUCCAAGAUGACGACCAUCAGAGUCUGCAGGAUCUGGUCAAGAGGGAGAAGAUGGGAACAGCUGAAGAUCAAAAUAAGCUUUACCUGCGAAUGGCAGCCAAGCUCAGAGAGAAGACUGACCAGGAGUAUUAUACCCUGGAUGACAUGUUUGUCUCAAAAGUGGCAAAGAAAGAGCGAGCGAAUGAGGAAGAGGACAGAGAGAGGCAGCAAGCCAUUGCAGAGCAUCGGAAGCUGGCCGCCAGGAUGGAAAAGUGUCCAUACUGCUUUGGUAAUGCGGAGCUUCCAAAGCAUCUUAUCAUUGCUAUAGGAGUAAAGGUGUAUCUGUGUCUUCCCAAUCACCUUUCACUCACAGAGGGACAUUGCCUGAUCGUCCCUUUACAGCACCACACUGCAGUGACAUUGCUGGACGAAGAUAUAUGGGAUGAAAUUCAGAUGUUCCGUAAAACACUGGUGAAGAUGUUUGCCGAUCAAGGUCUGGACUGUGUCUUUCUUGAAACAAACAUGAACCUUAAAAAGCGUUUCCAUCUGGUCUAUGAAUGUAUUCCUCUGCCUAAGGAAGUGGGAGAUAUGGCACCCAUUUAUUUCAAGAAAGCCAUUAUGGAAUCUGACGAGGAAUGGUCCAUGAAUAAGAAGCUAAUAGAUCUGUCUAUGAAGGAUGUUCGACGAUCUGUUCCAAAAGGCUUGCCAUAUUUUUCGGUGGAUUUUGGACUACAAGGAGGUUUUGCUCACGUUAUCGAAGAUCACAACAAGUUCCCGCAUUAUUUUGGCAAGGAAAUCAUCGGGGGCAUGCUGGAUCUGGAGCCUAGAAUCUGGAGGAAAGCCGUGCGGGAGAACUUUGAUGAUCAGAGGAAGAAGGUCCUGCAGUUUUCACAGUGGUGGAAGCCCUUCGACUUCACCAAAACAAAAGAGCAGAAAUGCAGAUCUCCAGGCUACAAGACGUGAUGUGAUGGAGGAAACGUCACUGCUCCAGAACUUCAGGGCCCGUAUGGUAGAAGAACAGGAUUGACUUUAAUCAAAGUUAUUCCGGCCUUUGAUGAUAUAAACCUUCUACACUAUGUGCACA